AGGACACCCUCGCCGCGGGCACGCGGGACCCCGACCCCGAGGACCUGCUGCAGCGUCUGGACGCGCAGGCGCAGGCCGAGGACAAAACCCUGGAGGCGGCCUUCUCGCGCUUCGACCACUCUAAGAAGGGUCAGUUGAGCAGGAAGGACGUGGAGCACAUGAGCAAGUACUUGGGCUUCCCGCACGCCAAGGCGGACAUCGACAAGUUGAUGGAUGCCAUCGAUAAGGACAAGUCCGGCAAGGUCAAGAAGAACGAGUUCUUCGACUACGUCCGUAAGAUGGGGGGCACCGAGAAGCUCUUCGAGGAGCGCCGCAGGCGGAUCACCGAGGCUGGCGGCUUCUCCGAGGGCGACCCGGAGGAAGCAAAACUCGCGAUCAAGGAGGCGGGGAUCGAUGAAGAGGCGCAGGCGUACUGGCGGCUGGUCGUGAGCCCCACUGAGUUCCAGGAGGCUGGCAAGCUGACGUCCUGUCAGAAGAAGGCCGUCGCCCUCAUCCGGAAGCUCGCGAAAACGAAUCAUGAACGAGACCUCCCAAAGGUCCAGAAGCGAAUCACGGGCCUGAGGGACGACAGGGGCCAGCCCUUCAAGGAGGAACACCUGUGGAUGACGCUGGCGUGGAUCAGGGAGUUGGCGCCCGUGAUCGUCCACGUCAACAUGGACAAGAUGCUCCGUUUCAUGGAGAAAGACUCGCAUUACCGCAACCAGUUCGAGACGGCCUCCUCUGGCGGGCUGCUCAAGCCUGCGGUGCGGGAGAAAUGGGAGCGUGACCUGUUCGGCGGGGCGUACGACAAGGCCUCUGGCUUCGAGCGGCCGAAGUACGGGGUCCUGAACGUGAUGAACGAUUACCGAGGCGUGGUCAAGUGCAAGCAGUACGGGGACUCGUACGUCAUACCCCGAGGGCUCCAGAGGGGGUGCACCUUCUCGCCCGAGGACUCCGCGAACCUGAAGUCGGAAAGGCUGGCUGUGCUAGACUUCUACGCGCACGUGCUCAACGAGUACUCGGACGACGAGCUGAGGGAGACACUCAAGGU